UCGACAGGCCGGAUUCCACGUGGCGGUAAUGACAAACCGUUCUCAGCUCAAGACAGACUCCUGCGCUCCUAUGACCACUCUCGUCUUACACGUCCGCUGCUCGACCGAGCUCAUCGACUGGCCGAUUCGGUGGCGAAGAAGAGCCCCAUGAAACGCAGCUUCCGCCCAAACGACGUUUCGCAACAACUUUCUGGUAAGUUGCCCAAGCGACCGAUCCCUGCCACAAAUAAUCAGAUACAUGAAUUCCUAAUUUGA